CUCUGAAGAUGACAUCACUGUGGAUUCUUCUCUUAUCUCUGAACAUCAUCACUCCAGCCCAAUCUGUGGAUUUUUCCAAACCAUCAUUUCUCUCAGUGAAGUCUGGAGAACGUGUGACUCUUAACUGCUCAUUUACAGACACUAAUAAGGGUGAAAGUUUGUUCUGGUACAAACAAAUAUUUGGAGAAAUGCCUCAGAAUGUGGGAGGAAAAUUAGCUUAUGAAGAUAUCAACAUUUCCUCCAUGUUCAAGACGUCAGGAUUUAAAAUGGAGCAGACUGAGAACGGCGUUUCUCUGACAAUCUCACAUGUAAAAAAAGAAGACGGAGGAUUUUACUACUGCGGGAAAGUUUACUUGGACAAAGCUUCGUUCAUCACAGGAACUGUCUUGGCUGUAAGAGGUGAUGGAGAUGUAAAAGUGUCAGUGAUCCAGAGCGGCGUGUUGGACUCGGUUCCUGCAGGAGCAUCAGUGACUCUGCAGUGCUCGGUUCUCUCUGAGAGCAGAGCAGCAGAACACCAAGUUCUCUGGUUCAGAGCUGCUUCACCACAAUCCCAUCCUCAAAUCAUUUACACUCAUCACAACAGCAGCCGUCAGUGUGAGAGCGGCUCUUCUGCACACACCUGUGUGUACGACUUCUCCAAGAACAUCCUCAGCAUCAAUGAUACUGGAACUUACUACUGCGCUGUGGCCGUGUGUGGGAAGAUCAUUUUUGGGAACGGGACUCAAGUACAGUUGGAGAACUCUCCAAAAUUUGUGAUCUACCUCGCAGUGGUGGUGGCAGUGUGUGUGGUUGUGAUCUUCGCUCAAGCUUUUAUAAUCUGUAAAAUGAGGAACUGUGAACAAACCAGAGAAGUUUCUCCAGGAACAGGACAGGUACAUGUGCAGGAAUCUGUUGGUGACAGUUUGACUUAUGAAGCUUCACAGAUGCUGAAGAGGAAAGUUAAACCUGGAGGACGGGAUGAUUUGGUGUACUCUCAUGUGAUGUAUGUGGAACUGUAAUAUUUAUCAUAAAAGACCCAGAACACUUAAUUGUUGCUGUUGUUGUUGUAUAAAUGAAUAUUUGUAAAAUAAAUGUCACACAUCUGAGUGUA